CCACAAACAUAAUCUCUCACAUUGCCCCUCUACGCUGUCAAAACCAACUCUUCAAAAUGAUCAUCAAGUCCCCCCACCAAAUCGAUAUCCCCAUAACAGACGUCGCCUCCUUCGUCUUCAGCUCAGGAACCCCCACCUCCCGAGAAGCAUCCCAGUACUUUGAUGCCGCCAACCCGGCAAAGAACUUUAGUCUUGCGCAGGCGGAGGGAUAUGUGAAGCAGAUCGCGAGCGGUCUACAGGCACUCGGUCUGCAGCCGGACGAUAAAGUUCUCCUGUACUCGAAUAACAGCCUCUUCUUUCCGGUACUGCUCUGGGCUGUUCUCGCGGGGAGGUUUGUUUUUACGGCGGCGUCGCCGGCGGCUUCUGUUACUGAACUGGAAUAUCAACUCCGCGACUCGGAUGCGAAGCUUCUCCUAGCGGGCCCUGACCAGGUGGCUGUUGCACUCGAUGCAGCGUCGAGGGUCGGUCUCCGCAGAGAACAGGUGUAUCUCUUCUGCGACCCAGAGCACGUUCAAAAGGGCACACCACAGCCCAUUCGGCCAUGGACAGAUUUCUGGCGACCCCGCGCGGAAGCACAGUCCUGGACAUGGAAGAAGAUCAACACCCUCCAGGAAGCGCAGGACACGACUGCCAUCAUCAAUUAUUCCAGCGGAACAACCGGCCUCCCCAAGGGCGUCGAAAUCUCGCACUACAACGCCGUCGCCAACUCGACGCAGCUGCUCUACAAGCGGACUCUGCGAUCCGACGACCCCAAAAGUCGGGCUCGCAAGGAGAGGCUCGAUACCGCUGGCGAGAGAUGGCUUGCCCCGUUGCCGAUGUAUCACGCAUACGGCCAAACAUACUACUGCCUCAACGCGGCCCGCCUCGGCGCAAAAGUCUUCAUAAUGCGCGCGUUCGACGUGCAGAAGUACCUGCUGUACAUGGACAUCUACCGAAUCACAUUCAUGGCCUCGGUCCCCGCGAUAAUGGCCACGCUCGCGAAGCAAUCAAACGCCCACAACUACAAUCUCCGUUCCGUCGAACAAGUAACCAGCGGUUCCGCGCCCCUCAGCGCCGAUCUCGGGAAGAUCAUACAGAAGAUGUAUCUCCGCCCCGAAACAGCCGUAAAGCAAGGCUGGGGGAUGACGGAAACAACCUGCUCCAUCAGCGGCUUCUCACCAGACGAAGAAGACGACGGGCGCUCGAUCGGCUACCUGAACCCGAACUGCGCCGCGCGCAUCGAGCCCGUGCCCGAUCGGGACUUUACCGGCGUUGCUCCCGCCGGUGUCCCCGUCGGCGAGAUCUGGGUGUCCGGUCCGAAUGUUAUGAAGGGGUAUUAUAAGAAACCUGCCGCGACGAACGAGACGAUUGUAUAUGCAGAUGGACAUCGCUGGUUGCGGACGGGGGAUAUCGGGUAUGCGGACGCGGAUGGAAGGAUGUAUAUUGUUGACCGGUUGAAGGAGCUUAUCAAGGUCAAGGGGUUGCAGGUUGCGCCGGCGGAGCUGGAGCAGUUUCUGCUUACGCAUGGGGCCGUUGCGGAUGCGGCUGUGGUUGGGGCGAGGAUCAACGGGGGCGAGUAUCCUCGGGCAUUCGUGGUACGGAAGGAGGGUGCUACAGUGACCGAGACGGAAUUGUCCAACAUGAUCAAGAGACACUUUGCCCCGCACAAGUGGCUCACAGGUGGUGUGUACUUUAUCGACAAGAUUCCGCGAACGGGAAGUGGCAAGAUUAUGCGGCGGCAUCUACCUAAGAUCAAGACGGAUGAUCGCGCGAAGCUAUGA